AUGACGUCAUUUGGCAAGAUGAGGGUCAACCAGUACAUCAUGAAGUGCAUUAAAGACUUUACACAGGGAAGCUCGGGGAAAGUUGAAAUGAAAUUUCGAUGCCCCUUCUGCACCACCACCUUUAGUAAUGCGUCUAACCGACAUAGACACAUAAGACUGGUGUGCCUGAAGGAAUAUAUGCACAAUGAGACUUCAAGGACCAAAGCUGAAUGCCAGGAAAACAUGGCCCAGAAAGAAACACAAAAGCCGCCACUGAAAACGGCACUGAAUCAAAAUGAGCCGGGUCUCAAAUGCAACUACUGUCCGGCCGUUUUUGCUCAUUCUUCUGGAAAGUACAGACACAUGAGGAAACAUAAGUUGUUUGAAAACACUGGAAAAAAGAUCAAGUUCAGGUAUUCAAGCCUUGUUCCCAUUUCUAACAAGUCCAAGGCUAGUAUUGAGGAGCCCAAAGACGGUCCACUCUCCAGUGAAGUCAGCAGCCAGCCCUUUUCCUGUCUCUUCUGUGGAAAAUGGUUUAACACUUCAUAUUCCCUGAAGAAACACAUCUGUAGUAUGCACAUGGGUGACAAACCAUAUCGCUGCCUGGAAUGUGGAAAACGCUUUGGGAAAGAAAUCCAUCUUGUCGCUCACAAAAAAGUGCACCAGCGAAGGAUACAGUGUACUGUUUGCAAGAAGAUACUUCCUACCAUUGGGGACUUGAUUCAACACAGGCAAUCUCAUAUCAAAAAGGGCAUGCUUCAGUGCCCAGACUGCCCAUCGCAGUUCCAGUACCCAGUGUAUCUUCUUCGACAUAUGGCAUCACAUCACAAACUUCAGCAAGAGCAGCCACUCAAAGAGAAAAAACAGAGGCACCCCUCAAAACUUGAGCCGCUUGAGUCCUUGCCACCACUCAAAGAGCAGGAAGAGAAAGAAAAGUUGGCGUGCCCCCUAUGCCCAGAAGUCUUUCACAGUGGCACAGAACUGAGUAGUCACUGCCUAAACCAUGUAUCGGAGUCCUCUUCAAGUCAGUGUCCGUUUUGUAAACGCCUCUUCUCUUCCCGCACAUCUUUGGUACGCCAUAUACGCAUUCAUACAGGGGAGAAACCAUUUUCUUGUCAGAGUUGUGGAGAACCUUUUCGUCGAAAAGAGUAUCUCCAGUUGCACCAAGAAAAGUGUCCAGGUCCACAAAGCAAGCAAGAACUGCCCACUAUUAAAGAAAGUGAAGAUGUCGCAUCAAAAUCUUUGGUGACAAGAAUAAGGAAAGUAUACAAAUGUUCAUACUGUCCUCGGGAAUUUGAAAAAUUGCCCCGUUUAUUACUGCACCACAAUGGCCACAUGCAAAAUACAGUAACCCCCUGUCCAAAAUGUGGUAAAUGUUACAGACAAAGGCGCAAGUUACAUGAAAGACUUUGCAAUGGCUCAAACAUAAAAUCUAUAGAGCCGGUGAGCACUGUCUGGCAUCCUUGUAGGAAUUGUGGGAGGAAGUUUUCAAGGGAUUAUAAUCGAGAUGUCCAUGAGAGGAUUUGCCACUCUGUAAAGCCCUUGCAAAAAAACACCAGCAAUUCUGGCAACUCAAACAUGCAUCCUUGCAGGAAUUGUGGAAAGUACUUUACAAGGAGUGAUAAUCGGAAUUUCCAUGAGAAGACUUGCAACUCUGCCAAGCCCUUGCAAAAAAACACCAUAGAAAUUGGGACCAGUAGCAGGGACAAGUUGCAGCACAAAUGCCCCCACUGUCCAAGCAAAUUCAAGUACAGAAGUUUUCUCUUGAGACAUAUUGGGUCACACACUGGAGAAAGAUCAUAUCCAUGCAUGCACUGUGGUCACAGCUAUGGAAUCCAGUCACGAUGCUUACAGCAUGAAGCUUUCUGUGAUGGUGUUAAUAGACAAAAGCCACCAAGCGCCAGCCUUGGUGAAUAUAAGUGCAAUAUCUGCACAAAAAUCUUCAUGAAAUCCCGAAACUUAAGGCGGCACAUCCUAACGCACACAGAGGUAAAGCCAUAUCGCUGUAAGGCCUGUGACAGCUGUUUCUCCAGACAUGAUCAUCUAAAACUGCACCAGAGUCGCUGCAAAGGGAAAAGACAACGUUUAGAGGUUCGCAUUGCCAAAAUUAGUCUUGCAGAUGUUGGAAUGGGCUGGCAAAAUAACCUGAACAUUACCGAUUCAGGAAAGCAACAAGGGUUUGACUGCAGCAUAUGUUCAAAGAGCUUCCCCACUCACAGCAUUAUGGCCCGACAUAUUGCCAUGUCACAUGCUAUAAGAACCGUCAGUUCAUUUACUCAUGAAAAAUCACUUAAGAGACAUAUAAACAUGGGUGCACGUCAAAGAAUUUAUGCAAAAACAAAGCAUUCAGAAAAGCUAAAUGUUACAAGCCCAAUAUCAAGAGAGACAAACCGACUUCUACAGAGGCUCCAGCUGCAAUAUAAAGACAAACGCAAAUUCAAAUGUACCUUUUGCCCUCGCCUUUUCAAAAGUGGUGAGCAAUUGAGGGUGCACACCCGCUUGCAUACAGGGGAGAAACCUUUUGGAUGUUCUAAUUGUGGUGAGAGAUUUAUCCGUAGGGACUACCUGCAGCGCCAUUUGAACAGGUGUAAAGGGGAACCUCUUGACAGAGUGCUUUGUGACAGAUGUGGCGACGUAUUUUCGCAAGACGAACUCAAGAACCAUCAACUGACAUGUGUUGUCAAGUGUAAAUCACCUGCCCGUAGUCGAACUGAGUCCACUGCUCGCAGUCCCCCAAAAGGGUUCUCCUGUACUAAUUGCAGUGCCCGCUUCUUGCUGUUCUCACAGCUCCAGCAACACUUUCUCAACACGCAUAGAGACGCUCCAACAAAUCAGCCUUCACCUCUACAGGAGCAGUUGUCUACUAUGGUGAACAUAAAAGAGGAGUCUAUGGAUGAAGGAUAUGGUGACACUCGGCAGAAUAGUGGUAACAAUCUCAUGCUUGAUCAAGACAGUGAUCCAAAUAAUGAUAUGAACAAACCCAUUAAGUGUCCACAGUGCAACUUGCACUUUGGAAAUAAGGGUGGAUUUGCCAGACACAUGCGUUCACAUUUAGGACAGUACCCAUUCAACUGCAAGAAAUGCAAUAAAGGCUUUUGGAACAGAAACUUAUGUCGGACACAUGUAAGGAAAUGUAGACUUGUAAAGGUCACGAAGGAAGAAGUUAACACUGACUCUGUAAUUACUUCAGAGAUGGAUCCUACUCUUAAAGAGACUGUCCUAGUCUUCAACCAAGGUUCCAAAACAACAGGCACUGGGGUUUUGCAGACUAAUUUCUCCUGCAAAGAUGACUUGAAGGGUUUAACACUACAGAAUGCCUCUGGAAAUCAAGGCAAAGGAAGAUCUUCCAAUGAUAGAAGAAAUAGUGGUCAACAAGUCCCAGGCAACAAGUACCAGUGCUCAGAAUGUGAUAGAAGUUUCACAGAUGGGCUUCUGCUCAUCAGCCAUUUAGAGGACCAUGGGCGCGAGGAGCUAGAAAGAAAAAAGAAAUUCUGCCAGCCUUGUGGUAAGACAUUUGCUAAUCCUUCAGACCUAGCAAGGCAUAUGAGAGGCCACUGGAAUGAGAAGACCUUUUCUUGCCCACAAUGUCCACAGAAUUUUCCCUGCCCUUCUGACCUUGACAUCCAUAGAACUUGUCAUGACUCAAAUAGACCAUUUGUCUGCAAAGAGUGUCAACAACGGUUUUGGACCAGUCAAUCUUUAGAAAACCAUCAAAGCCAAGCUCAUUCAAAAGAACUAAUUUAUACAUGCCAUGUCUGUAACAAGAACUAUUCAAUCAGAAGUUCACUUGUUAAACAUAUUAGGAUGAAGCAUCAAACCCAGAAGAACAUGGAUGUUGUUAUCCACGUGAAGGAAAAGGAGACAGCAGUGCAAAAGGAAUUUGACAUGGAAGUUGAUGUGGAUGGAGGAAGUAAUGCAAGUAAUGAUGAAGAUGAAAAUGAUGCUAAUGAGGACAAUGACUCUGACUCUGCAGACUACUUCCCCUGCCAUGUCUGUGGGAAAACGUUCACCACAUCAGAAAGCCUUGAGGAUCACCAACGCUGUCACCUCGGUGAAAAACCUCAUGAGUGUGCAGAAUGUGGCAAAUGUUUUUUCCAGGCAGGACAACUGCAACAGCACCUUCGGAGCCACAAGUCUGAGUAUCAGUGUCAAAUAUGUGGCAGAGGUUUUGUCUCACUCUUUGCUUUACGCAAACACAAGCAUACUCAUGGAAAGAGCCGUCAACACCGUUGCUCCAAGUGCCCGCUCAGCUUCACAGGGCCCUCGCAGCUGGCAGAGCACAUGGGCACCCACCGCGAUGACAAUUUCCCUUGUGAUAUAUGUGAUUGCACAUUCUCCUGCAAGAUGAGUCGGGCAGAGCACCGGAAAAUCCACAUUGAGACCGAGGAUGUUCCACCACCUUUACGUCCACCAGAGAAGACUGCAUCCUCCUCUCCUACUGCCUCUUCCUCUACAAUGAAGCACCUACAAUAUCGUUGUGGGGUUUGCAAUGAGCGUUUCAAAGAACCAGAACAACUGUCUGAGCAUGGGUGCAUGGCUGCCAGAGAGCGACCUUAUUCAUGCCAAGAAUGUAAUAAGCAUUUCUUGCAUGCAUCUCACUUAAACAAGCACGAGCUCAGUCACUACCAAAUACCACAAUCAUACGUGUAUCGGUGCAAUCAGUGCCACAUGAGUUUCAACUACCGUCACAAUUUUGUCAGUCAUUUAAAUAAACACGGUGACGAUGAGGCUGCAGCAGAAGUUCUGAAAGGAGGCUCGGUGACAAAUGCUUGGGAAACUGUUUCAGAGAAGAGAACAAUUUACAAAUGCCCAAUUUGCUCUCACAGGUUUGCUCAUGCCAUAGAAUUGGCAAGUCACCUUUCAAUACACUCUGAGAACACGUUUGCUUGCAGUGUUUGCAAGUUGACAUUUCCCACCAAAAGCAAGCUUGCUGAACAUGAGCAGAGCCAUCUGACUGCUGCAACACAAUACGAGUGCACUGAGUGUGGUCAGAGCUUCUUGGGCAGUGAUUUCCCCCAGCAUCACUGUGCACGUCGGCAAUGUGCUGUGACAGCCCAUGAACGCCCACAUCUGUCUAAUAGAAAGUCAAUGGAGGAAGAGCUGGAUGUUGGGGAGGACUUCUUUAAUUGUACUGUCUGCUUAAUGCGAUUCUCUUCUCGCGGUAGUCUCCAGCAGCAUCUAAACAAAGAGCAUCACAAUGAACGGCCAUUCAAGUGCCAGUCUUGUGGAAAGACCUUUGCUCUGAAGAGAUAUCUCAGAGACCAUGAGCGAAGACAACAUAAGUUUGGCACUGAACGAGCCCACCCGACAUACAAAGCCACGGACAGUGUAAGCCAGUACAAGUGCUCAGUUUGCCCCAAAACAUUAACCUCGGCACACGACCUGUCAUUGCAUAUGAAAGUGCACACCGAACAGGAAUCUGGAGGAGACCACCGUUGUGACAUGUGCUACAAAUCAUUCAGUCGACUGUCUCUUCUCAGGCAGCAUCAAGAAAGUCAUGUUGGACAAGUUGUAUAUGAAUGCACAGAGUGUGACAAAGCGUUUGCUUUCCCACAUCUUCUAGAGGAACAUCAAAAGUCUCAUGCUGCUGGACCAUAAGUCUUUUUCCCACCCUCAAAAUCCUCCCACUUACUAAAUGUAAAAAGACAAGUUGGACAAUGGACAUAGAAAAGACCUGCCUCACUGAUUGUGUUCAAUUAUCCAAUGAACUCAGUAAUGUCAUAUAAUUUUUUUUUUUCUGGUGCUGUUUGCAGUCAUUAAGCAAUUUUGUGUUCACACUUCCAUCUUAAUCGUUUAAUGUUUUUGAUUGGCUCACAAGAUGCUUAACUGUGUUUUUACCCCAUGUCUUCUCAAAUGUUUGGCCUACAACCUGGUUCGUGAAAAGGUUUAUAGUUACAGAUUUACUCCUAUUUUAACAUUUUAUAUCUGGUCAGAACUGCAGUUCAUUGAUACUAUUACUGAUGAGCUCCUUUCCAUAGAGCACUAAUUUGUAAUAGCCUCCAUAUUCAAUUGUAUAUAGUUGUUUAAUUGUCUUAUGUGCCCUGAAUGCAAUUACAUAAGUUUCAGUUCACGUUACACAAAGUGAAAUGUAAGCUUUUGACCAUGGAAUGAAUUCCUGACUCUGAUAAAGUGGAAUGGGCUGUCACUGACCCGGUAGUUUUUUUCUUCUGCUUGCUAAUCCAUUACUCUGCCUAACCUUCUAAACAUAUUAUCACUUAGACUUUAAUAAUGACGUGGGAUACUUUUAGCCAUGUAUGAUCCAUGUAGCCCUUCUAAAUUUUCCAAAUUCAAAACCACAGCAUUGUGUAUAUUAUGUAAAUAUGACAUGAUCGUAACCAUUUAAGUAUUUGACAUGAAAUUGACCGUUGUUGUAAGCUAUUAAUUUUCCCUGUGUUCAGAAACAUUCUAUCAUUUAUUGAAAUGCCUUAAAUAUGUGUUUUGGAUGUUUUAGUUCAAGGGCAACAUUUGAUGACAUUUUUUCCUUAUUGGGUGUUACUUUUGUAUGAAUGGUAUUUCAAUCAAAAUACAUUAAUAAACAAAAUAAACCAGU